UGGAUCGUGCAUGUGUGCUUUCAACAUGGGCAAAGACAUGCAUUUGGGUAUUUUUGCCAGCAGUUUUAAAACAUUAAUGAAGCUGAACAUCAGUGUGAGAUUUCCUCGGGAUCGCCGCAGAAAUUGCACCACCGCGGUUUCUGAAACAGCCACGACGGCUGCUCCAACCACUCGCUAUUUAAUAUUAUUUCAGUACUUCGGGACUAAAUAUAGUGGUGUGGUGGUUGCGCCCCCUAACCAGGAAGUUUUUGGAGUGCUAAAUUACCUGGAGAAAGCAACAGAGAGGCUCCGACCGACCACACCAAUCAAAUUCGUAGUCUCCAGCCGGACAGACUCAGGGGUGCAUGCUCUAUGUAACACUGCCCACAUUGAUAUAGAGAAGAAACCGGGGAAACCUCCUUUCUCCGAAGACGUCCUCAUCAAGUCUUUCAACCGCUUCCUCAAGUCUGAGCCAAUCCGCGUUCUGAGUGUCCACCGUGUUCCUGACACCUUCCACGCCCGCUUCUCAGCUCUGUCAAGGACCUAUGUUUAUCGGGUGGCCACAGGCUGUUCCUCCCCAUUCGAGAUGCCGGUCUUCGAACAGAACCUCUGCUGGGCAACAUGUCGAGGCCACUUCAAUCUCUUGGCCAUGCGGGAAGCAGCAGCCGUGCUGGAGGGCACCCACGACUUCAGCACCUUCCGCUCGGCCAGCGAUGACCAACCCUUCAGAAGCCCUUGGAGGACCCUGAUGCGGGCGGAAGUCAGGCCUUCUUCUGGUUUCCUCAUGCAUCACAGCCAGGACAGUGAGCUGAGGUUUUGGGAGCUGGAAUUCCAAGCCCGGUCGUUUCUCUACAAGCAGGUGCGGCGAAUGGCCGGCGUGCUGGUGGCUGUGGGGCAGAACCGACUGCAGCCCCACCACGUGGAGAGUCUCCUGGAGGCCAGGGACCUGAUGGCUUACCCCAAGAACGUCAUCGCGCCGGCGCAUGGGCUCUUUCUCAAGGAAGUGGAGUACUGCGAAGAUGAUUUGGAGAUGGGAGCGACAGAAGAAGAACAGUCCGGUUGGAUGGAACAGGGACCCCUGGAAGACUGCUAGUGCCUCUUGGGGGGGGGGGGCGGGGAAUAGUCCAGAAGUGCACACAGUUUGCCUGCGGGCAUGUCAGUCAUCCCCCCUCCCCUACCUACAGGUCGUUGUUGAUACAGACAAGAGUCAGAACUGAUUGGAGGAAAAUGCAGGCCUAAAACGACUGAAAAAAGACUGAAACUUAAGCCUGGGCCGUCUGGUUUGCGGCCGUCUGACUGGAUUUGCACUGCUGGGCAGAAAGCACUGCGUUGAGGGUUCUGAGAUCGAUUUUGUACAAAAGCGAGCACCUCAUCCUUCUUGGGGGCAGCAAUCCAUUUGAGGAAACAUGGGGCGGGGAGCAGGCCCUGGGCAAGAACAGCUCCUGAGCCAAGAAGCAGAAGACCCCCCCCCCCCCCAGACGGAUUCCUGCCUCUGCACCCAGAUCUCCAGCUCGCCUCGGGCAAGGUGCUCACUUAGUUGUCAUCUGCACCACAAGACUGAGCUAUCUUGUCAGGUUCUGGGUUGUUGUUUUUUUUUUGGGGGGGGGGGGGAGGUUCCCAAAAAAGGUGUACAUUGAAGGCUCUGAAUACUCUGAUGUGCUAAUUGAAUGCUAAAGAAUGCUAAAAGAAGACUAGCGCAAAGUAAGAGCACUGUAUCUUGCAAAAAAAAAAAAGUGCUUUCAAA